AUGGCUUCGGUUGAAAGGGAGACGCUGUCCCAAGAUGAGCUCCGGAAAAGGCUCUAUCAGACUUUUAAGACCCGAGGUGUACUGGACACACUUAAGACACAGCUCCGAAACCAGCUAAUCCAUGAACUAAUGCACCCAAUUUUAAGUGGAGAACUUCAGCCACAGGCUGUUCCAAAUGAUGACAGUUCACUUUUGACCACAGCUUCCAACAGUUUGGUGGCAGAUCAUCUGCAGAGAUGUGGCUAUGAGUAUUCACUUUCUGUUUUCUUUCCAGAAAGUGGAUUGGAGAAGAAGAAGCUGUGGACUAUGCAAGAUCUUCUUCAGUUAAUGAGGAUUAAUCCAAAAUCCAGUCUUUACAGAUCACUGACUUCGGGAACUCGAAAGGAAAAUAAAGGUUUUCUUAUGCAGAUUUUAAUCGGACUUACAGAGCAUCAUCUAAGUAAGGAAACUCAUGACACAGAAACUCAGACAACCUCAGUACCUCUGUACAGAGAAUCUCUUGCUGAGAAGCUUCAACUGAUUGACGAACAGUUUGCAGACUCUUAUCCCCAGCAUCAGAAAUACGAAUCUUUAGAAGUAAAACUUCAUGAAUAUAGAAAAGAAAUAGAGAAGCAGCUUCAAGCAGAAAUGUGUCAAAAGCUAGAACAUUUUAAAGAAGUUGAAAUAGCAAAGAUUAAAAUGGAGGAGAAAGUGCAGACCCAGAAAGAAAUUUCUGAGCUACGUCAUGAGUUAGAGAGGACACAUCAAGCAAAGUCUGAAGCCUUGAUUUCUCGUGAAAAGAAUGCUAUUGAGAGGCUUCAAAAACAACAAGAGAUAGAGGCAAAGGAAGUAUAUGCUCAGAGACAAAGUCUACUGAAAGAUAUUGAAGUCAUAAGGACCAGAGAGGCAGAACUGAAGCAAAGAAUUGAGGCAUUUGAAGUCACUCAGAAACUUCAGGAAGAGAAAAAUAAAACUAUUGAUGAUGCACUUCGACGUCGGGAGGUUGCUGUGAAGAACAUAGAGGAGACAUAUGACCAAAAGCUUAAGACGGAACUCUUAAAAUAUCAGCUUGAAUUAAAAGAAGAAUACAUAGCCAGAACCAAUAAAGUUACUGAAGAUGAGAAAAAAAAUAAAGAGAAAGCUAUGCUUUUGCAUGAAGAAGCCAUUGCUGUUAAUUCAAAAAAGGAGGAACUCAAGCAAGCUAUGUCACGCACGAAAGAGCUUGAGCUGGAUUUGGAGUCAGUGAAGGCCCAGGUUCUGUUGGUAAAUAAACAGAAUCAGUUGUUGACAGAAAAACUGAAAGAAGUAUCAGACUAUCCUUUGAUAAAGGAGGAGAAAUUGGAGCUUCAGGUGCAGAAUAAGCUACUUAGGCAACAGUUGGAUGAGACUCGCAGUGAGAACCAGCAUCUUCGAGACAAGCUGUCCCAGCCCUCGGCAGAGCACUUGGCCUGCCAAGUGGAACUGAGAAGAGUGGAACAUUCUAGGAGGCUGGCGCUGGAUGAAUUUGAAAGCCGUAGGCAGAUUUUGGAAAAGCAGCUACAAAGUGAGGUUGAGCGUUGUGCCCAGUUAAAGACCCAACUGCUGGACUCCGAAGCUACUGUCAGGAAGUUAAACGUGCAGGUUGAAGAACUGAAACUGCAAGUGAAACAAACGCAGGCAGCUCUGGAAAAUGAAGUGUAUCGGAAUCCAAAGCCUUCGCUUGUUGAUCGCUCUGUCCUUGACUUCACUGGUGACAGAAUUGUACCUCAUGAUAUUUAUGUGGAUAGCGGGUUCCUGAAGAAUCAUGUUAUGACCGAUGUGAUGAAGGUAAAUGCUGUGCCAAGAGCUGGCUGUCAUCAGCAGUUACAGCCACGCAGUGCUUCUCCGGAUUCUGACCUGGAGUGUAUGGCGCAAACGUGGGCUAGAAUAAAAGAACUAGAAAAAGAGGCAGAGUAUUUGGAAGAAGCCUACAGGAACUACCAACACAGAGUCACGCAGGAUGCGGCUGCAAGCAGAACACCGAGAAAGAUGCAGUCCCCUUUACUUCUACAGUGUGCUAUUAGUAGACCCCCCUUGACUACCCAGCAUGAACUUCUAGAGGAUAGUCGCAGCUGCCAGCAUUCCCCCCUGAGCAGUCCAAGAGGUGAAAAAUACAUCAAAAGAACUGGGCAGGUUGAUGUCUUUAAAAAUCCGUUAACGCCACCACACAGAGGAGUGUCUUCUUCAAGACGCCUUUCUUCUACUCCCGUUUCCAAGUUGGAAAGAGAUCUCAGUAACAAGAAAAUUUCAGAUGACAUCAGUGGCUCGUACCUUGUCUCUUCACAGCAGAGUGUUGACCAGGUGCUUUCUCCUAUUUCAAAACCUAUUUCAUCUUCUGAAUCUGUUUCUUCCUCACCAUCCAGUCAUGGCGGGAAAAUCAGACUUCAUAAUCAACAAACAGAUAAACAAGAUUUCAGUGAUAUCCCCAAACCAGAGAAACUAAUGUAUGAGGACCUUGAAGAACACAUUUCUUCUCUUGAAUAUCAGGGGGACAUUCCAGAGCAGUGUGAAAGUGAUGCCUUGCAUCCAUCUGGGGACAUCGUCAAUGGAAACCACGUCCCAGCCACUGUGCCAGCAACAGCCACUUCGCUGCAGGACUUAACGGUGCUGGAUCAAAGACAGUUUGAAGAACAGAAUAAAGAAGUUGAGAAAAACUUAGAAGAAGAAAGGGAAGCAAGAGAAGAAAGGGGAGAGAGAGAACAACAGGAAGCUUUGGAAAGAGAGCAAAAAGUGGAAAAGCUUAACGAAGAGUGGAUCCAAGACUCGACGAAAAUAGAAGAAAAAGAUAAGGAGGGAGGAAAAUUUGAGAACAGUAAUUCCGGUGCUGAAGAUGACUUAAAGGAUCCUACUCCAAAUGCAUUAGAAAAAUACAUGAGAAUAAUUCAGCAGAGGAGAGAGCAGGAACUGGCAAACAAGGAUUCAAAGAAAGAAGAAACAGGAGAAGUAUCACUUACAGAGGGACUUAUAUCUAGUGAAAAGGAUGACAGCGCUACAGGCAUUUCCCACGGAGAGGAGGAUGAAAACUUCUGGUGA